AUGCAAUUCGAGCUGUCUGCCCUCAUGGCCGUCCUGGCCGCUACUGCCAUUGCCUCGCCUGUCCCCACUGCCGAUAAAAGCAUGUGUGCCAGUAAAGUUGUGUCCACCUUGAACUCGCUGACCAAGGACGUCACUGCGGGCACCGAAAAGAAUCAGAACAGACAAGGCCCCUUUGCGACCAAAUUCCUUUUCCAGGCAAUCGUCUCUGGUGGAAGGGCAACGUUUCGACUAUUUCCAACUCUAACCAAGGCCAUCGCUACUGCCGGUGAGACUGGUUGUCAAAAUCUGAGUGAAGAGGACCAGAAGAGGGUGUGCGCCGCCGCGCAAAUGAAGCUUGUCAAGGAGCUCGGUGGCAAGAAGUGCCUUCUCAGGAGCCACCGCUUGGCUACGCUCAUUUCCGCGGUCCUUCGUACUGAGGAGGGUGCCGUUGAUAUCUAUCUGCUCGGCAUCGUUCCUAACACCCCUGUCUGUGGUGAUAACCUGGAGUCCACCGUCAAGAAUUUGCAGGAGAUCUGA